CGUAUUUGCUGUAAGUCAGCCUUGAAAAUCAUUUCAUUAUGGUGCCUUGAGUUUAAAAACACUCCCUUUAGUAAAUUUUAUGACUGGUCAAUGCGUCUGUUGACUUAAAACGGACGGAAAAUGAGUGACAGAAUUAACUUAGAUUUACCUCGAUAUGAUCAGUCUACAUAUUGGGGACGGGCUAAACAUUUUUUCACCGUCACCAAUCCUCUGAAUGUCCUGGCCAGUGAGAGCGAACUAGAUCGAGCGAAGGAUAUCUACCUUCGGUACAAGAAUGGUGAAAACAUCCCUGGAGUUAGUGAAGAUGAACUGUGGCGGGCCAAAAACCUGUAUGAUUCUGCUUUCCAUCCUGAUACGGGGGAGAAAAUGCUGCUGAUCGGCCGUAUGUCAGCUCAAGUGCCAAUGAACAUGACAAUCACAGGCUGUAUGAUGACGUUUUACAAAUCAACUCCAGCUGUUUUCUUUUGGCAGUGGGUGAAUCAGUCCUUCAAUGCUAUCGUCAACUACACAAAUCGGAGUGGAAGCACUCCAAUCACACUUGAGGAAAGUGGAGUGUCGUAUGCUUUGGCAACAAGCGGAGCUGUGCUUACUGCACUUGGAUUGAACAGUAUGGCAAAGAAAGCUCCUCCUCUUGUUGGCCGUUUGGUUCCCUUUGCUGCUGUUGCUGCUGCAAACUGCAUAAAUAUUCCUCUAAUGAGACGCAGGGAGCUAAAUGAUGGUGUACCAGUGGUUGAUGAAAAUGGAAACACGUUCGGCAACUCUUCUGAAGCUGCCAAGUCGGGCAUUCUUGCUGUACUCGUGAGCCGUAUUGGCAUGGCAUCCCCUGGCAUGGUGCUUACUCCCGUCUUGAUGAAUGCUUUGGAGAAACGUGGAUUCCUUCGUCGCUUCCCUUGGGCUAAUGCUCCCAUUCAGACACUGUUCUGCGGGCUUUGUCUGACAUUUGCAACACCAAUGUGUUGCGCUCUCUUCUCUCAGAGAGCUGCGAUUGCUGUGGACCAGCUGGAGCCUGAGUUGCAGGAGGAGAUAAAUAAAAUGAAGAACCCACCCAAGGUCGUCUACUACAACAAAGGGCUCUAAAUUAGACCCUGGCUGGACAACUCCGCCUGGAGACAUUUCUGGCAAUACUAGACGUUUUGUGUCAUAUUGACUCACACCUUUCAUAUCGAAGUAAUUAUAUUUUCUGGGUGGGUUAUGGUUGUGUUAUGAAUACUAUAUAGGGUAACCCUGAAAGUGUAAAACGGCAGGGAUCCCUGACUAGGAGUGUACUUAAAUGGCUUUCAGAUAAAUUUUAUCUUAUAACUCCUUCAUGUACUCUUAACUACUUUUUAAAGUAAAGACAUUUCAAGACAUUGUUAUUUCUUCCUGGCCUUUAGCCUUUUGCUUGAGUUUGCCAGGAGAAGAGACGCUUCAUGUUAUUAUUGACAACAUGUUAAAACUCUAUGAAUUUUAAGAAAUGUUUCUUGACAAUAAGUAUCUAUAUGAGUGUCAGUUUUCAUCACUACUGCCAAUGUUAAAAGUCAGCUUUUUAAGAAGACAUGCCAUCAUAUCAAUUAGUUUGAUGAAUCUUUCAUCAAUUGGAUAAUUUAUUCAAAGCUUUGGGGGCAAAAUGUCAUGGGCUAUCUGAUUAUUUUAUCAACCUGUGAUUUAGGUAAUUUUGUUGUGACAUGAGCAUAAAAGACAUUGUUCAUGAACAUUGAAAUUUUAUGGAUGUUGCAAAGUUGUGUUCAUUUUUACUGUUAUUUGUUUUUAUUUGAUGUGAAUUUUGUGUUAUAUGGUUUUGAAAAUGGAUCACAUGUCUAUCAAUUUUUUGCCACUAUUUUGUCAAUUAUUGAAAGCAAUAUUCUAGGCUAGUCCAAUAUAUGUGAUGUUAUGCAUUUAUUGUUGUUUUUUGUCUUGUCUUUGACACAUUUCUCAUUUUAGCUCUACUGAUGAAUGAUGUGUAAUGUAAUUACGUAUUUUAUAAAUGUGUCAUUUCUCAACGCACAGGGAAUUGGUCCUUCUGUGUAGUGAGUCCAACAAAUAACCAUCCAAAAUAUGUGCCAGACAAUAAUAAUGUUAUGUAUAACCCUGACUAUGUGAAAUACAAAAUUUACAAAAAUAUCA